GGAACGGUGUUUUGUUCCUAUUAGAGCAGCGCUGAUUCUGAACCUACGGCUUGUGAAGUUCGUCGCAAGCAUGUCGUUUGAGUUGUACCUCUUCGCAGGAGCAGUUUUCCUAUAUGUUAUCAUUUAUUACAGUGUGUUUAAAGGAGCGAGGUGCUCCAGCUCAGUGAAGCUGCAGGGGAAGACGGCCAUUGUUACAGGUAAGAGUGUCACUUCUUUCCUGCUGCUAAACCGAUGUGUGUGCUCUUUAUCACUCUGACUGUGAUGUGGUUUCUUUUUUAAAAUUGUGGUUACCUCUUUACGGUUUACCUCUUUACUCUAAAAGUACUACCACGUAUUAAAAACACUGCUGCAUGUGUCAGAUAGGGAUUUUAAAAAAGCAUUAAUUGUUUUAAAUAUGUGUACAUUGAAGAGCAACAGCAGUAUGAGCUCAGACAGGACAGGUGUAGGGAAUUACCUUAAUUAUCUCCUGUCAGUGAUGGGGCAGCCACUGAACUGUUUUGUAAGUUCAUGUGUUGGAAAGAGGAAACAUGGGGAAGAUUUGGUGCAUUACUAUCUUUAUUAAGGACCAAACUAUGAUGACCGAUUGGGUCAGGGACAUCUAGACACUUGUUGUUCUUGUAGGUGUUCAGGGUUUGUAGUAGUCAGUACAUUAAUCGUUAAGCUUCAUUGAUGCAUGGGGAGUAAGUGUGGUCUGAUCCACCAGGCUGCUGGUCCUGACCGCAGACUAGUCAUGCAUACACCUGUCCUAUAAAAGUGCUGUCAGUGAGCAUGUGAACAUUGGCUUCAUGCCUCACAAUUAAUCUGCUCACCUAUUAAGGCUGAAGUAAAAUCAUUCACUCUAAAUAUCAUUUCACUUUGAUGCUUAAGUAUAUUUAUUUAAGUCACUUUAAGCUCAAACUGAUAUCUUGAAAUUGAAUCUUUGUCUGUACUGUCCCAGACCUUAAAGACUCAUCAUUUAAUAGCAAAAAGUCUAUCAAUCAUCACACCUGCAGACAAACCCCGCAAAUAUUUCUGAUAUUUUUGCUUUGAAAUAUGUAAAUGUAAAUGUUCUUUAUUAGACAGCAUUUCACAACAACCCUUGCUGUGAACCAAAGUGCUUGACAAUACGUAGUAAAAAUGAAUAAGAACAAUAAAAAGCAAUAAAAACAAUAAGAGCAGUAAAAAAAAAAAAAGAACAAGAUACAAUGCAAUACAAUAAAAUGUCACCACGCUACUAGGUAUUAAAAGCCAGCAUAAAUAAAUAUGUUUUCAAUCGAGAUUUAAAAAGGCCCAGGUUGGAAAUAAGUCUCAUUUCAGUGGGGAGCUUAUUCCAGAACCUGGUACCAACAACUGAAAAGGCUCGGACACCCCAGUGUUUGUGUUUUGAUCCGGGCACUUCCAGCAGAAGUUGGUUUGACGACCUCAGAGCUCUACUUGGCUCCCGAACAGUUAAAAGCUCAGUUAAAUAGAUGGGGGCAAGGCUGUUAAGAGCUUUAAAAACAAACAUUUAAAGUUUAAAAUCAAUCUUAUAAGAUACGAGAAGAGAAGGGAGCUGAGGACAGGAGUGAUGUGCUGACAUCUGUUAGUGUUAGUUAGAAGAAGGGCCAGCAGCAUUUUGCACAAGUUGAACAGGACAGGAAUGAUUCUCAAAUUUGUUUAUCAUUCUUCUAUGAUUAGCUGAUCAGUUGACCAGCUGAUCCUUAAAGCUCUGUCAGCCAUUUUUAACAUUUGAAAUAAGUUUUUUUAUGUGAAAAGAGGAUGUCAAACAUUGUCUUUCUCUGUACAUGGCUUCACUUCAGUUAUCAUUUACCAACAAAUUUAGUCUGCUUGUUGUCCUAAAGAAGUAUAUAUCUAAUUUUUUGGACUUUACUAUCCAUUCGCUUUUAAUGCCAGGUUUUGAUAAAAGAACAAUGUCGAUAAUAAUGUUCAUACCUGAUAAGCUUUUUGACAGUUUGGUGUCUAAAUUCUUCUUCUGCACAGGGAGCAACACAGGCAUUGGAAAGACGACGGCUCUGGAUCUGGCGAAGAGAGGAGCCAGAGUGAUCCUGGCGUGCCGUAACAAGGAGAAGGCAGAGAGCGCUGUUUAUGACAUCCGCAGAGUGAGUUCAUUGAGAGAUACCGAAACUGCUGGUCUUUGUGGGUCUUCACUAGAAACUUUAACAACUCCUUUAAAUAGUUAUCGCUUCACAUAAAUCAGUUGAUCCUAAAAUUCAGACUAGUUUUCAUGAAGUAUACAUUUACAACCACUCCAGACUGAAUGCAUGCUACUUGUGGGCAGACUUACCCAUAAGUACCGGGGGAUGCUUGUGGGUACGUCUGGGGCUGAUCUUAUCGGUAUUUGUUUGUGUUUACGUUAAAUUAGGAUGCUUAAUUUCCUCAUAGUCACCAGAGGUAAAGGCAGGUAGACACAUGCAGAUAUUCCCUGAAGAAAGUUCAUUACAGAUUUGAAGAAAAAGUAAGGAGGUGAUUUCAUUUACCAAAUAACUAACCUCGACACAACUUCAGAAUUAAAGCAUAGUGUGAAAACAAGUGUUAGCGCUAAUUCAACCAUACUAUAUUCUUCAUGACUGUGACAAAUAUAGCUGAUAAAAGCUGAAGCAGCCCCUCAACUUCUCAAUGUUCCAUCUGAUUUAGCUGAGGUCCUCAUGCAGCCUCCUAAAAAAAAGAACAGAACUUUGCAGGACUCUUAUUUUUUUUUACUGAAUUAGAUGAUACUUUAAGAUGCAAAAAGUCAAAGAACCCUUUCUUUCAGUAUCAUUCACUUUUAAGUGUAUAUUUGCCGAUUACAGUCCCAAUGACCCAGCAUUGUUCUCUGCAGGAGAGUGGGAACAAUCAGGUGGUGUUCAUGCAGUUAGAUCUGGCGAGUUUCGCAUCAAUUCGAAGCUUUGCUGAAACCUUUUUGAAGACUGAACCCAGACUGGACCUGCUUAUCAACAAUGCAGGUGAGGUUGAAAAUGUUGUGAAAUAUUACUUUUACAGUUAAUCUGUUAAGUUUCUCCCACAUAAAAAAAGUGGUUCAGUCUGACCUCUUUUCUCUUCAUGUCUCAGGUGUGAUUGGUCCAGGGCGGACUGAGGAUGGUUUUGGCAUGGCAUUCGGCAUAAACCACCUGGGUCACUUCCUGCUCACCAAUCUCCUCCUGGAGCGACUGCAGCAGUGUGGCCCCAGCCGGGUGGUCACUGUUUCUGCUCUUCUGCAUCGCCUCGGAAACAUCGACUUCCCUCUGCUGGCCUCUAAGAAAGAGUUAGUGUCCGGUCAGUCCACCUGGCACAACUUUCAGGCCUACAGCAGCAGCAAGCUGUGUAAUGUGCUCUUCACCAGGGAGCUGGCCAACAGGCUGGAGGGCACCAGUGUCACCUGCUACAGCCUGCACCCAGGUACGUUCACACUGUUCAGCUGAUGCAGCAAGUUUAUGUAAUAGAUUCUCUACAGCUACUUUUGAGGUCAAGACCAGGUUGGCAGUAAAUUCACUUCUACCUGCCUCUUUGGUUUUUAUCCCAGGCCUGUUUUCAAGUGUUUUUUAUUCACUCUCAUAACUUACAAAGCUCAAAAAAACCAACUAAAAUGCAUUUGUAGACAUUGCUUUAAACUUUUUAAGAAAUCUUUAAAAACUUGCAAAAGAACAAAACAUUUUUUUUUGUUUUUCAAAGUCAGAGGAGUCAGAGAAUUCCUAUAAAAUAGCACAAAAUCAAGUCCAGAAAGUGCCUGAGACCCUCAGACUGGGCUAAAACAGGCCAAUACUAAAGAACAACCACUUCUCAGGGCAUAUAUGAUUCAAAAACUGUGAGAAUAAUAUUAACAUAUUACAGUCUGCUGACAGUGUCAUUAUUGUCCUUUGCUUUAUUCAAAAUAUUUCACAAGCUUAACAUGCAGCUCUGGGUUGCACAAAAUAGCAGAAAGCGCUGUCAAUGCAUCAACAUGCUUUUAUAACAUGGAGAGAUCUGAACAACUAGCACCUUACAAUGUGACAGAGAGAAAGAGAGAGAGAGAGAGAGUGAGUGAGCAGGCUUCACCUGUGUAUGCAAAAAGUUCACCAUUAAAAUGUUCUGUGAACUCUAAUAAAUGUGUUUUGAACUUUGUGUUCUUUUUAUUUAUUAAUUUUUAUACGUUGUUGGAGUCCCACAUAUUACACAAGCUAUGACGGCUCUUCUAAAAACUGGUCACCUCGGCUCUGACCUUCAAAGAUUGCUUAUUGAUGCAAGGCCUUGUCAGGGUAUGAGACUCUUUCUCAAUGACAAACUGUUUGCAGGCUAAAAAUCUAUGGUUUAGAAACUCCAGAGUAAUUCAUACAUCUUGGUCAUACAUCUUUGCUGCUGCUUUUCUUUGUAGUGUCCAAAAGUUUCUGCCAGUCCUGUGCAGCUGAAAUAGGAAAGCUGUAGUCCCGGUUGUAGUUUACAGUUAACACGGAGCCUUUCAUGUGUGUUUGGAUCAUUUCCUCCUCAGGAGUCAUCUACACAGAGCUGUGUCGCAGCAUCAGCCUGUGGCAGCAGCUCCUCAUGUUUCCUUUUGCAAAGCUCUUCUUCCUGGACCCAGAGGCGGGGUCCCAGACCACCCUGCACUGCGCCCUGCAGGAAGGGAUCGAACCUCUCAGCGGACGCUACUUCUCUAACUGUGCACUGCAACAAGUGGGGGCUCGGGGACGAGAUGAUGCUCUGGCUAAGAAGCUGUGGGAAGUGAGCGAAAGAUUUACCGGCUUAACAUGAGACAGUGAAUCCAGAAACUCAGAGGACUGUGUGAACACUGUGUGCCUUAUCAGAGACCCUAUGGCCCUCCAGUGUGAAUGUCUCAUUUCCUUCAGACAGGUUUCUUGUGCUCUCUUAUAUAUGUGAAGAAGUGGCCUUCGACAAAUGACAGGGCAUACAACAGCGCACUUUAAUACUUCUAUUCUGUAACCCUUUAACAUAUGAGUAGCAGAUGUGACAAAGACAGAGAUAUGACGAUUGCACUCAAUGGUUAAAUCACAUUUUAAAGAGGAUGUGGAUUUAAAAAUCUUCAUCAUCCUGCAAACUCCAGACUCUCAGAUUUGUACCGGUCUGAAAAGAAUAGAUUUGAUAGCUAAUCCUAUGAACAUAUGAAAAGAAAAAGGGUUUGUGGUGGACUUGUUUUAAAUUAUUCAAUUAUUAUAAAACACUAGGAAACAAAUAUGUGAUAAAAUGCAGGUAUUCUUGUAUUUACAUAAAAGGGUGAUGAUAUCCCAGCUAUUAAGGUUCCUUAAUGAUAAACAGUGCUUGUAUAGUUUUUUGGUUUGUGAUCUUAUCCUCAGAUUUAUUACACAAAGCAGAAUGUCUCGAUUGGAUCUUCUGUUUUGUCUUGAUUUUCUUUCUUGAUAAAUAAUAUUUACUCCUGACAAAGAGUAAUAAACCUUACAAAUAUAAUGGA